AUGUCGGUGCCUCCGCCGCAGAGGGCGCUGGCAGUCCCGAGCUCGCCAGUCCGGCUGCUAUAUCAGAACGACCUCUCAUCCACUCUUGCGGCUGGCUGGCUCUUCCUCCCCACGCCGGUGCCGUCAAGUGGCGCAGCCGACGCAUGCGCUCGCUUCUCCGAGUCCCUUGCUGCCGUGUCGACGGGCAAGUCCAAGGCUGUGAGCCACGACCUCCAGGCGCAGGUCGACUAUCUGCUGCUCAACGGCGAGGCCCGCGCGGGCGACUCGUGGUGGAUCGCCAAGUGGCAGGUGCUUGUCAUUGAGCGACCCGGCAAGGCCUCGGUCAAGGCUGCACCACAGGACAGCCCGAGGGGGGUCCUGUGCACCAACACGGCACCACGGACGUCGGGAAACGCCACCGACUCGAGCGAGCGCUGGCAGGUGUCGGGCCAGGGCUCCGAUGUGAGCUGGACCGGCUACCGAGACCGCUUCUCGUUUCGCUUCCACGCCGUGCCGUACGCCAGAGCAGAGCGCUUCAGCUACGCCAUGCCGCUCUCUGACCGAGGCGUCGUCGCUGCGCUCGGCCAGGGCCGCUCGCGCCAGUGCCCGCAGACAGCGGGAACGACGUCGCCGUAUGCCGAGGAGUGUCUGGUGGCGAACGUCUUCACGCCGUACCUGCCUGGCAGCUCCGUGCCCGUCGCACUCAAGCCCAUCAUGGUCUGGCUGCACGGCGGCGGGUUCUCCUCUGGCUCCGGUCUCGACAUUACGUUCGACGGAGGCGCGCUGUCGAGCCGUUCGGACGUCGUGCUGGUCUCUCCCAACUAUCGCCUGGGCAGCCUCGGCUUUCUCCCGGUUGACUCAAGCGCAAGAGGCAACUACGCGAUUUCAGAUAUUAUAGCGCUCCUGCAGUGGCUGCAGACGAACGGCCCGUCGUUCGGCGGCGAUCCCUCACGAGUGACGCUCUUCGGGCAGUCUGCCGGCGCUCAGCUCGUGACCGCCCUCCUCUCGGCCCCGCGCGCAGCAGGCCUCUUCCACCGCGCGAUCGUGCAGUCUGGCCGCCCGUCGGACAAGCAGAACGAGCUCUCGACGAGCGAGGCAGCUCGCGGUGCCGCUGACGCUGUCAUCCAGGCGCUCGGCUGUGGGCCCGCCGCGGACAAGCUGGCAUGUCUGAGGGCGCUGCCUGUGCAAGACUUCAUGCGCAAGUCGCCAUCGUUCAGCAGACCAGUCGUGGACGGCACGUAUCUCACGACACCUCGGUUGGACGUCACGCGGCAGAUGGGCAGCAUCGUUGCUCGCGUCCCAGUGAUCAUCGGCUUCAUGCGAGACGAGAUGGCCAGCCUGGGCACGCUUGCGCGCUCCGGACAGUCCCUGGACCAGGCGCUGACAAGCGCCGGCAUUCCGGCCGAUCAGCGCCAAGCCGCAGCGCGUCAGCGGAGCGUCUUCCCCGACACGGUGCGCAACGCCUCGUUCACGAUCCAGACCGACGUGCAGUCUGUUGCGCGAUGCGGGCAGGAAGCGACCAUUAAGGCCGCAGUGCAGAACGGCAUCUUCCCGAACGUGUGGGCCUACACGCAGAAUCAGCGUGCCCGGCAGAUCCCCAACUACGAUCCCUGGGCUGUGUGUCAAGGCGACAAGAGCAAGCCGUACUACUACUGCCACUCUGGCGACCUCCUGCCAACAUUCGCAAGCGCGCGCUUUGCCUUCGGUCUGGCACCGCGCGAUGGCGCCGACGUCGUGUGGGAGCAGGUGAUGCUCGACUCCUGGGGCGCCUUCGCUCGUCAAGGCGACCCGCGCCCGACGGCCGCGUACCUGGCAGCCCGGCGCUACAGCACCGGCGCGCAGCUGUCGGGCGCAGGCGAGUGGCAGCCCGUGACGCCCGAGCGGCUGCAGCUGCUCAGCCUCGGCCCUGCGCCGCGUAUGGUGGACCUGGCCCAGAUGGCGGAGCAGUGCAACGCGCUGGGGCGCGACAUCGACUACGUCUCGCGCGGCGGCUGA